AUGUCUCUUGUAAUCCCCUCAUCCUCUGCAGCCCCUUUGCACUUUUCUAAAUUGGAGAUUAACAAUUUGAGUUCCCACCAAAAAAUUGCCGCUAAUUCCUUCAUCCCUUUUCAUCAUAAAGUGGGUUUCUGUUGUAAAACAAGGCAGAUUGGGGUCCACUUGAUAAAUGAACCAAAUGUUAUUCAUAGGUAUACAGUUAGGUCUGUGGGGCAUGAUUUUGAGUCGAUCAAUAUGUCCUUGGAUUUUGAUGACGAUGAAGAAGUUGAAGAUGUUGGGUCACCUUGGGAAGGUGCAGUUAUAUACAAGAGAAAUGCGUCAAUUUUACAUUUGGAAUACUGCACUACCUUGGAGAGAUUAGGUCUAGCAAAGCUUUCAACUGAUGUCUCAAAAACUAGAGCUGCUGCUAUGGGAUUGCGUGUUACCAAAGCUGUGAAAGACUUUCCAAAUGGCACUCCCGUUCAGAUAUCUAUAGACGUGACCAGGAAGAAGAAAAAAUUGAGGCUUGAUGGGAUCAUAAAAACUGUAAUCACUCUUCUUUGCAAUAGGUGUUGCAUGCCAUCUGCUGAGAGCAUAUUCUCUGAGUUCUCUCUUCUACUCACUGACGAACCCAUUGAUGAACCGGAGACUAUUGAUAUGGGUGUUAUUUUUGGGGAAGACAAACUUACAACCGCUGGAAACAGUGGUGAGGACGACAAUGAUGAUGACGGACUUAUUGAUUUGGAGGAUCAACUAUAUUUUCCUCCAGAAAAGAAGCAAAUUGACAUUUCAAAGAACAUAAGGGACAGAGUGCAUCUUGAGAUUACCAUGAAUUCAGUAUGUGAUCCUGGGUGCAAAGGCAUGUGCUUGAAAUGUGGUCAAGACCUUAACACCGGCAAUUGCAUUUGUAGCAAGGAGGAAGUAAAAGAAAAAAGCUAUGGCCCGCUUGGAAAUUUAAAAGAGAAGAUGCAGUUGUAA